AUGGCUAAGGCAAUUUCACAAAUCAUGCCUGAGGUUUUUCAUGGGUUGUGCACUUUUCACCUAAUGCAAAAUGCUUUGAAGCAUUUAGGUUACUUGUUCAAAAGUGGUUCAAAAUUUAGUAGCGAUUUAAAAGCUUGCAUUUAUGACUACAAGAAUGAGCAUGAAUUAAUUAAAGCUUGGAAUUCUUUGAUUGAUAAAUACAACUUGGAAGAGAAUGAGUGGAUGAAAAGAACUUGGAGAAAAAGAGAGCAGUGGGCGCGUGUGUAUAUGAAGUGGGUAUUUAUUAGAGGAAUGCGAAGCACACAACUUAGUGAAAGUCUAAAUGAAACAUUAAGGAGAUGUUUGAAAGGUGAUCAUAACAUUGUUCAAUUCUUUACUUACUUCAAUCGGAUUGUUGUAGAUAAGCGGUAUGAGGAAAUUUCUGCAAUAUAUGAUUCUAGACAAAAGUUGCCAAGAAUGAAAUUGAAAAAGUCUCCCAUUUUAAUCCAGGUUGCGAUGAAGCAAUUCCAUGAGUUAGAAGGAGAAGUUAAGUGCGUGAUUGGCUUGUAUGGUAAUGAUGAAGAGUAUAUUGUGGAUGGUAGGGUGGAAGUUAUUGGGCUAAGAGGAGAAAAAAGAUAUCGAAAAAUACAUUGUACUUGUAAGAAAUUUGAGAACUUUGGAAUUUUAUGUAGUCAUGCAAUCAAAGCACUUGAUAGAAUGAAUGUUAUGGAAAUUCCCGAAAGGUAUAUAUUAGGCCGAUGGAGAUUGGAUGCAAAAGAUUGUGAAGUUGAAGAGGAAAAUGUUAUAAUGGAUGAGGAUGAUCCAAAGUUGUUAAUAUUAGCACGUUAUAGAGAUCUUUGUCCAAGAAUGGUGAAACUAGCAACUCAAGCAUCUGUGCACAAACCUGCCUAUCAAUUGGUUAAUGAAGGGAUUAAGGAAUUAUGUGUAAAAGUGAAUAAUAUGAUGAAGGGAAUUGGAAAUUUUGGUACCGAAGAAUUAGAUGUGGAUGACCUCAACUUUGCACGAGUUAAGGGCAUAAAGAAAAAAGAUGUUGGACACAAAGAGAGAGGUAGAUUAAAACCUUGGCAUGAGAUGAUGAAUAAGAAGAAAAAAGUUAUUUCACAACCUACCCGCCUUAGUAUGUCAAUCAAGCAACACUACAAAUGUUCAAAAUUCAUCUUCAAGCCAACCAUAGGUUAG